UCCACAGCCCCCCCCCCGAUGCUAGCCAAGGAGGAAGCUCGGCCACAACCCGAGGGGGCCAGCUGUGACCCCAGCCCCCCCACUGCUGCCCCCCCAACUGAAGCCUGCAGACCACCCCCCCAAAAAACUGACCCCCUGGACACCCGCAUCGUGAUGGGGGAGGAGACCCAGUCCCCUGCCCCCCACCCUGAGCCCCGGGGGGGUCCCACUGUGCCUUGUCCCUUCCCUGCUCCCACCAAAGACCCCCAAAGCCACUCAGCAGCUGAGACCCCCACCCCGGGGAGAGCCCAGACCUCCAGCUUGGACCCCGACCUGUUCUUCACAGCCCCCUCCACCCCAGUCCGUUUGGGAGGGUCCAGAGGUCUGGUGGCCCCCCAGGGCGAGGAGCAGACGGACGGGGAGAGCGAGGGGCUCUGCUCGCCCCCCACCUCCCCCUCAGGCUCCUACAUGACGGCCGAGGGGGGCAGCUGGGGGUCCUCGGGCACUGCCAGCACCUCCCCAUCCUGCUCCCCCAACCUGGUGGCCGAGGCCGAAGGCUUGGCGGAGGCUGAGAGCAUGAUGGCGCUGAGCUUGGAGGAGCCUCCCGACUUCACCCCGCCGCCCCUCGAGGAGGAGGAUGGACCCUUCACCCUGCUGGAGGAUGACGACGAGGAGGAGGAUGGACACACGCCAGAGGAAGAGGAGGAGUGGGAGGUGUCAGGGCUGGAGGAGCUGCCCGGUGCGGGUCUGAUCCCGGCGGCUCUGCUCCCGUUCCGGGGCAGCCUUCUCUUCCAGGCGGAGGCUGUGGAGAUCACCCCCCUGCCCCCCGGCACGGCCAGCCUGACCCUCUCCGGGGAGGAGGACGAUGAGGAGGAAGAAGAAGAGGAGGAGGAGGAAGGUGGCAGCACCUCGGCCUCCUUCCUGCGCUCGCUCUCGGAGACCUCCAUCACGGAGGGGGUGGAUGAGUCCUUCGCCUUCCACGACGACACUUCAGCCUCCUCCGACUCCGCCGCCUACGACGGCGAGGAGGACGAGCGGCUCUACGGCACCGAGCGCCACGCUCUGGGCACCGAGGCUGGGGGCACGGCUGCCGCGGCGCCCCCCGGCACCCGCGGCCCCGGGCACGGCGGCAUCGAGCUCCACCUUCACGCCGGGCUGGCCCCAGCCGGCUCCGGGCAGGGGUCGCCGCGGCACCGCCACGGGGAGGUGACCGCCGCGGGGGACCUCGGCGCCGAGCGGACGGCAGCAGGGGCGCCGGAGCACGGCGGCAGCAGGGCACCCCCAGCGCCUUCCGGAGAGGCUGGCGUGGAGCCAGAUGGCGAAGCCUUCCUCACCUCUGCCUCUUCCUCCUCGGAGCCGGAGGAGGUCUCGCUGCCGGAGGCUGAUGUCCCGCAGGAGCCAGCGGGGGAGCUGGUGGUGAAGGAGGAUGCCAGCGAGGCAGCGCCAGGAGGAGGUCCCAGCACGGAGCUGGCGGCGAGCGGCGGCGCCCUGCAGCCCCCCAGCCUCUGCUCUGGGGAGGCCAGGGACCCCCAGACUGAUAGGCUCCAAGGGGAUACUGUGGCACCAGCCAACGGGGAGCACCAGGGCGGCCCUGGCAGCGAGGGUGACGGCGACCACGAGCCUGGCACAGCGAGAGAGGGGAGCGGCGAGCUGGCAGCCACUGAUGGCCGUGAUGAGCAGGGCGCUGUGGCCACCACCGUGGUGCCACCCGUGAUGCCCAGCCCACCAGAGGAGCUGGACACCCCUGACCAGCUGCCAGGGGUGGCACCCAGCCUGCCAGAGGAGCCAGACACUGAGGCCACCACCCUGAUGCCAUCAGUGAUGCCUGUCUUGCCAGAUGAGGUGGACACCACAAUGCCACCAGAGACACCCAGCCCAGACACCAUAGCCACCAGCCUGGUGCCAGUGGUGGCACCCAGCCUGCCAGAGGAGCCAGACACUGAGGCCACCACCCUGAUGCCAUCAGUGAUGCCUAUCUUGCCAGAUGAGGUGGACACCACGAUGCCACCAGAGACAUCCAGCCCAGACACUGAGGCCACCAACCUGGUGCCAGUGGUGGCACCCAGCCUACCAGAGGAGCCAGACACUGUGGCCACCACCCUGAUGCCAUCAGUGAUGCCCAUCUUGCCAGAUGAGGUGGACACCACCCUGGUGCCAUCAGUGACACUCAGCUCGCUGGACACUGUGGCCACCACGAUGCCACCAGAGACACCCAGCCCAGACACCACAGCUACCAGCCUGGUGCCAGGGGUGGUACCCAGCCUGCCAGAGGAGCCAGACACUGAGGCCACCAACCUGGUGCCAGGGCUGCCAGAGGAGCCAGACACUGAGGCCACCAACCUGGUGCCAGGGGUGGCACCCAGCCUGCCAGAGGAGCCAGACACUGAGGCCACCACGAUGCCACCAGAGACACCCAGCCCAGACACCACAGCUACCAGCCUGGAUCCGCUGGUGGCACCCAACCCACCGGACGAGGCUGACGCUGUGGCCACCAGCUGUGACCUGAUGCCCCCAGAGGCACCCAGCCCAGCAGAGGCUGUGGCCACCAACACUGACCUGAUGCCACUGGUGCCACCCAGCCCACCAGAGACUGUGGCCACCAACCUGAUGCCACCAGAGGCUGUGGCCACCAACCCUGACCUGAUGCCACCAGUGGCCCCGAGCCCAGCAGAGGCUGUGGCCACCAACCCUGACCUGAUGCCACCAGAGGCACUCAGCCCAGCAGAGGCUGUGGCCACCAACCCUGACCUGAUGCCACCAGAGGCACUCAGCCCAGCAGAGGCUGUGGCCACCACGCUGCUGCCACCGGUGCCACCCAGCCCACCUGAUGAGCCAGACACUGUAGCCACCAACCCCAGCCUGGCACCACCGGUGACUCCCAACCUGCCGGAUGGCACCGUGGCACCGUGCCCCUUGCCCCAGGAGGAGUCCAGCGAGGAGGAGGUGGCCAGGAAGGCUUCGGCUGCUGAGCCCCCGGCCCCCGCCUGCCCCGGGCUGCAGCAGGAGAGCCUGGCACAGCCCGCAGGGCACCCCGAGGCGGGGGAGGCAGGCACCAGCUCCUCGGAGGAGUCCUGCCCGGAGCUGCUGGAGACCUCUCGCUCCCGCACUGACUCCAGCUCCUUCGUGGCCCCCGAGGGCAGCCCCCCGCGCCCCCACUCCAUCUUCACGGCCUCGGAGCGGGAGGUGUACGUGGGGGAGCCCCCGGCCCCCCUGGACCCGCUCCAAACACCUGGUGCCUUUUCGGGGGGCGGGGGGCGGCAGGAGGACCACCAGGAGGUCACCGCCAUGCUGAGAGGCUCCUUCGGGGCCCUCCCUGCCCCCCGGCACCUCCCCAAAGCCCCCAAGCCCCCGCAGAGCCCCCGCGGCGAGGGGGGGGCGCAGGAGGAGCCCCCGACCCGGUCCUCUGGGGACACCCAAGCCAAAGUCCUGCCCCCGGCCCCCCUCGAGGAGAAGGAGGCGACGGUGGGGGAGGGGGCUUCGUCCAGCCCCCCGCCCCCUCCAGGCGCCGGGGAAGCGGCGGGGGCUGCCGCUCCCCAAACCCACCCCGAGACCCCCAGCCCCUCGCCGCCCCCCUGCCCCGUGCCCCCCAAACUCAGCCAAGUGCCUCCUCUUGCUGCUGCGUCCCCAUCCCGCCCCCCGCCCCGCCCGGCCCCAGGCCGUGCCCCCCAGGACACCUCAGGGCUCCCCGCCGGCGAGGAGCGGCCCCCCGUCCUGCCAGCCUCCAGGAAGCACCUCGAAGCCCCUCAGCCCUCCCCACGGAAGGAGAAGGAUGCCCGCGGCCGGCAGGUGGCGCCAGGCAGCGUGGGGGGCAGGGGACCCCCCCGGGGGUCCCUCCAGUCCGAGUCCAGCUCCUCCAGUGAUGGGGAUGCUGCAGACCCCUGCCCUGACACCCAGCACCUGCAGCAGGACAAGCAGCCCCCAGCCCCCCACCGCUGUGAGCCCAACCACAAAGGGUCCUGUAACGAGUCGGAGAGCAACGAUGAGUCGAUCCCGGAGCUGGAGGAACCUGAGGGCUCAGAGCCACCAGCAGCCCAGAGCCAGGCGCAGCUCACCCACUCGCUGGGCACCGGGGAGGAGACUGUCAGCAAGGCCAAGCAGAGCCGCAGCGAGAAGAAGGCCAGGAAGGCCAUGUCGAAGCUGGGGCUGCGGCAGAUCCACGGCGUCACACGCAUCACCAUCCGCAAGUCCAAGAACAUCCUCUUCGUCAUCACCAAGCCCGACGUCUUCAAGAGCCCUGCCUCCGACAUCUACAUCGUCUUCGGGGAAGCCAAGAUCGAGGACCUGUCGCAGCAGGUGCACAAGGCUGCGGCAGAGAAGUUCAAGGUGCCCCUGGAGCACUCCCCCCUGAUCACGGAGGCAGCCCCCAGCCUCACCAUCAAGGAGGAGAGCGAGGAGGAGGAGGAGGUGGACGAGACGGGGCUGGAGGUGAGGGACAUCGAGCUGGUGAUGGCCCAGGCCAACGUCUCUCGCCCCAAGGCCGUGCGGGCGCUGCGGCACAACAACAACGACAUCGUCAAUGCCAUCAUGGAGCUGACCAUGUAGCGGCCAGGGGCGCCCUGGCCCCCCCUGUAUAGAUGCACAGUUCCUGCCCCCUCCCCUGCCCCCUCAGCCUUCCUCCUCACCCCCCAGGCUCCUCCUCCCUGUCUGUAGCGCUCAAUAAAUGGCCUCAUGUAUCACUUG